UCCAUCAUCGGCACAGGCAGUUGAGCUGGAGGGGGUAUGGAGUAACCUACGUGUUGAGGAUUAAGGCAGGGCAUGAUUGAAUAAAAAACAGUUUAAUAUCCUGCCAGCUAUUCCACCGAAACCCCGUCUUAAACAUGGGGCAGUGCGGCAUCACGUCGUCGAAGACGGUGUUGGUCUUCCUGAACCUCAUAUUUUGGGCAGCAGCUGGCAUCUUGUGCUAUGUUGGAGCCUAUGUCUUCAUCACAUACGACGACUAUGACCACUUCUUCGAGGACAUGUACACCCUUAUUCCCGCUGUGGUGAUCAUUGCAGUCGGAGCCCUCUUGUUCAUCAUUGGGCUCAUUGGAUGCUGUGCUACAAUAAGAGAGAGCUACUGUGGCCUUGCAUCGUUUGUCAUCAUUCUUCUGCUGGUCUUCAUGACAGAAGUGGCCGUGGUGGUUCUUGGUUACAUUUACAGAGCAAAGGUUGAAGAUGAAGUUAAUGACUCCAUCAAGAAAGUGUAUGAUGAGUACAACGGCACCAACAGCAAUGCACAGAGUCGUGCCAUCGACUACGUGCAGAGACAGCUUCAGUGUUGUGGAAUUCACAAUUACUCAGAUUGGCAGUAUACACGUUGGUUUGAGGAAUCAAAAAACAACAGUGCACCCAUCAGCUGUUGCAAAGCUAACAUCGGAAGCUGCACGGGGUCCCUCACUCAUCCUGAAGAUCUCUACCCAGAGGGAUGUGAAGCACUGGUUGUGAAGAAGUUGAAGGAAAUUAUGAUGUAUGUCAUCUGGACUGCCCUGACAUUUGCUGCCAUCCAGAUGCUGGGGAUGCUGUGUGCCUGUGUUGUGCUUUGCCGAAGGAGCAGAGACCCGGCCUAUGAGCUUCUUAUCACAGGGGGCACCUAUGCAUAAAGAAGACCUUGCUCACUUCAAGACACACGCACACACACAGAUACACAUACACACUAUGACACACUUAAACGCUAUGAUACGCUCACAAGUUAAGAGAGAUUUACAUGAAUCCUGGUUGAGAACGUGAAUAGAAUGUAUUUCUACAAUAACCAGUUAUUCAUUUUACCCUUUUUUUUUUUUUCUUCCCCAAAAAAGCUGUUGGCCAAAUUCUUGAAUGGUCAGUGAGAAUGAGAUAUCAAAUGUAUUCUGUUGCUCUGACUACCUACGUUUUACCCUUGGUUUGAGGCUGACAAGUAUGGGUUUGCUAGACCUCCUGCACUGUAUGGAGUAAUAUGUGGACAGGGUACAUUUCCUCACAUGUUUGCACUAUGUGUAUGGCUUUGGAAUAUUUUAUAAAUAUUUAAAUCUGUCAUGUAUAUUACUUGAAUGAAAGACUUUCUCUUUGUACAGUUUUACCUUGUACAACCACCAUCACUACUAUGUCUACUAAUACUGCAACUAGUACUACUACUAUUACUACUACUACCAUUAUUAUUACUACUACUACUGCUACUACUACUACUACCACUGGCUCUGUUUCAAACCUCCCCACCUUCACCAGCAGUAUCCUAUUCUACUAAGAGAUAGUGCAGUGGACUCUUUAGUCCAAGUUAAUGACACUGCAGGAUUCUGCUUUUAACUUUGACUUUUACUUUGCUUAGCUUGUACUCCCCUUCAGAACGUUGGGUUUUUCUAGUUGUAUUGCACCCUUUACCUAAGAAAUCUAUUUGCCCUAUAGCCGUUUUAUUUGUUUUUUUGUCUGAGCAGCCCUACUGAUGAUAGUUCUAGAAAUUUAAUGAUAUGUAGCAGUGAAAGACUCAAGAAUGUAAAUAAAAUGUUGGGGAACGUAGAAUCGAAA